GACAAAUAAGACAGAUCAGAAUCAGAUACACUAUCAUUCUAUUGACAUUCGUGCAAUUUGUAAAUAUAGCAGGUUAUUUAUUUAAUAGUGCAAUGAAAUUUAAAUAUUAAACAGUACUUCGAACAAAAUAAAGAUGUCAGGUCCAACUGAAAAUGAGAUUGAAUUGGAAAAACAAUUCCAAGCUGAUUUGGAAAAGGCACAAGCGCUUAGUUUAGAGAGCUUAGCAUUAGAAAAAUAUAAAGCACAAAGACGACAAGAAUUAUUGCAAAAUUAUGAACGACAAUCACUACCAGCCAAUAGUAAAGUUUCCACAAGUAAUGAAUAUAAGCAUACCGAACAACCACUAAAAUACAGUGCAAGUACCCCACGACUAAGGCCUUCUUCACUAAAUCCCUCAAAAACUUCAUCGGUCCCCUCAGCACUUGCACCUCCGCCUCCAAUAACCAAUCAGAGACGAAAUAGUAAUGCAGGAAUGAACCUGGAAAGAUCAAAUAGUCCUGUGCCUGAUUUGAUAUCAUUCACAAGUCCGGCUGCAAAAAGUGAAGCACAUGCAAGCCUUGUCCAAUUCUGUGAACAAAUGCACAAAUUAAAUACUCAGUCAAAUGACAGUCCUACAGUUCCCCCACGACUGAAUAGAAGUAACAGUAAUUCUAGUAAUUUACAAUUUUCAAGACAACUUUCAACAUGUAGCAGUUUAGCAACAUUUCCUCCUGGUCACAUCACUCCACCUCCUUCUGCACACUAUCCCACACUUCCUCAGGGUUCAACAACAAUGCAAUUUAAUCAGGCGUACAAUAAUCAGAUAGGUCCAUUCGCACCAUUCAAUCCUGGUCCUUUUUUUCCUACCAAUCAAGCUCCGAUUGGUUGGAAUUUUCCAGAAAAUCCUAAUAAUAUAAAUGCAGGUCUUCAACACAUUCCAUAUAAUGUACAAAACCACCAAAAUGAUCACAAUUUCACCCUUAAUCGAACAAAUUAUAAUUUUGGACAGAAUAACAGUUUUAGUGGUCAACCUUCGGGCAUGGGUAAAGAAAUUGUAGAACAUGUGCCUAAGACACAGCCACCGACAAAAUCAGUUUUAACAUUAUCAUUGAAUGAUAGGAAACAAACAUCUCCAAAUAACACAUUCAAAUCAAAUUGGGAAGUGUUCAAAGUAGUUGAUAACAACAAAAAUAGUAAUUUAAUAGAUUUGCAAGAACUUCCAGAAAAUACCUGUGCUAGUGUUAGAGUCAGUGUACUCGAAGCAUUCGAUCCAUUGUUGAUGGGUAAUAGUUCCAGCCAAAGUAUUAAAGAAAGUACAAAAUCAUAUGCAGGUGAUGAUACCAAAUCGGAAUGUUCAGGAAGCAUGUAUUCGGAAUACGAUCCUUUCGACUACAUGUAUUCAAGAGAAAAUUCGAAUGGAUCGGUAGGUGACCCAGUAUAUGCGGCUGUUACCAAAUCUGAACAUUUUGCCAGUGGUGUUAUAGGAUCUUCUUCAGGGUCUGCUCCACAGUCCCCACAAGGUCCUCCGCCUUUGCCUCCUCGAAACAGCGCCGCUUGGAGCACUAUCGAACGGCGACGGUCAUCUAUGGAUAGAAGGAAAAAACUCCGAAAAUAUCUUCAUGAAAAUAUAAGCGUUCGCAAAAAACGUGCUGCAUUACAUGAUUGUGAUCUACAAGCAUUCCACGCCAUGGUUAAAAAAUUAAGAGGCGAAUUUGUACAUACUGAUCUUACAACAAAUGUUGGAUAUGUAAUAAGUGCAAUGAUGUCCAGUCAAUAUAAAGAAGGAACUAGUAUAAAAGUAUUAGUAUAUGCCCCAAAUUCAUUAGGAAAUAAUGCAUGCGAGACAGACAUUCCUUUGGUAACAUUUACUUGUGAUGUAUGUAGUUCUGUAGAACAUGUGAUAAUUCACGUAGUGUGUGAGUUAGCUGGAGAAAAUUCAAGAGAUAAUUAUUUAGACUUCACAUUGAAGGUAUGGGGUUUAGCAGAGUAUCUAAUGCAUGGCACCAGCCUUUCAGAUUAUGAAUAUGUUCAUCAAUGUAUAAAGCUUGAACAAGAUGUAAAAUUAACUUUACUGCCUUCUAAGUUAGUACCGAGACCUUUAGCAAGAACGUCUCAAGAUGAUGUUAGAGAUUCAGAAUUAAGCUUAGAGGAUAUUUUGCCUAAUGAACCAGUAUCUGCCUUAUCACAUGAAAAUUUAUUAAUAUUAUUAGAGAAUUUAGAAAAAGAAAUGGAAAAAGUAGAAGCUGCAGCAGCAAGACUGAGUGGUGGAACAGGAGGAGCUUUGCAGUGCAAUUGUGUCUGGCAAUCGGUAAAAGCUGUAUGUGCACUAAUGGGGGGUGUGGAGACUUCUGAUGUAACAGAAGCCAUACAAGGAUUCCAAGCUGUGUGUCAGCAAACUCAACAAUCAAUAGAAAAUUUAUCUGCUACAAAUAAUCCAGAGGUUGUCGGAGAAGUGAACAGUGAUUAUUCAUUUGUAAAAUUACGAUCAAUGUCACUGCAAGAUUCAAUUGCAUUGCAAUGCAGUAAAAUUAGAGAUGCUGUUCAAGGACUGAUUGAGACGUACAGCAACGCAUUCCGCGUCGAUUUUCAAAUAAAUAGUAGAAAUAAUUCUCCUGCAAAUUCCGUACAAAUGACUGAUGUUUCCGAUACAGUCUUAUUUCAUUUGGAAGGUCUACACAGAAUGCCUGUAGCUUGGAAGCAUGAUGAUUACACUGUUGUUGCUCAAAUUUAUCAUGGUACCAGGCCAGUUGGAAUGUCUGUUCUUUCACAAUCAGUAGUUCCUUCUCAAAGUUUUUACAAUCGGGUCAUGUUUAAUUCAUGGAUGAAUUUUGAUGGCAUCAGUGUAUGCACCUUGCCUAGGGAAGCUAGAUUAGUAUUAGUGUUAUAUGGAAGAACAAUUGUGCCUGCCGAGAGUGGUGAUUCAAAAGACCAACAGCCAAGGAUACAGCAGGAAGAACUUGGAUGGGCCUCAUUGCAAUUUUUUAAUUUUGAUAGGCAAUUAAGUCAAGGUACAUUUUUGUUACCAUUAUGGCCUGCUGCAGCAGAUCGACGACUCGGUCCCGCGCCUGCACCAGGAACCCAUCCGUUUGGAGAUACACAUCCUGUUCUAGGCAUAGAAAUUCCGGAGUAUGGCGGAAAUGUUUCAUUCCCUGACACAGUAAUGAGAACACCACCGCAUCCUUUUUGCGAUUUUCGAAGUUUGGAUGAUAAUACACAGCAUGAGCUUUUAGAAAUUGUUGAGCAAGACACAUUUUCAAGACCACCCGCUGAAUUACGUGAGGUUCUUUGGGAAAAGAGGCAUUAUCUCAGAAGCAUGCCUGUGGCAUUGCCGAAAGUAUUAUUAGCUGCUCAUAGUUGGGACUGGGCCUGUUUAGCAGAUCUGCAUUCAAUGCUGCACGCAUGGGCACCCAUGCCUCCUGAUCAAGCAUUGCAAUUGCUAAUGCCCUGUUUUCCUGAUAUGGAAGUUAGACGAAUGGCAGUGUGUUGGCUUGAUCAAUUAACUUCUGAUGAGCUUGUUGAUUUUCUUCCUCAAUUGGUCCAAGCUCUGAAGCAUGAAACUUAUGAAACCUCGCCAUUAGCGAGAUUUUUACUCAAUAGGUCUUUAAAAUCUCCUAGAGUUGCUCAUACUUUAUACUGGCUCUUGACACAAAAUCUUCCAGGUCAAUUUCCACAGAACACUUCACCAGAUAGUGGAGAAGACACUGUAUUAGUGGAAUCGAGAUAUCAUCGAAGAUUGCAACUGUUAUUAAGAGCUCUUUUAGCAAUAUGUGGAGAAGCUUUGCAAUCAAGAUUUUUAUCUCAGCAAAUGCUAUGCAAGAAUUUGUAUGAAAUAGCAGAAAAUGUGAAACAAACCAAAGAAUCAUUAAGAUUAAAUAAUUUAUUUACUUACUUGGAGCCAGUUCAUCACAUGUUAUCAUCUACAAGGACAAGCUUACCACUUAGUCCAAGUUUAGAAGUUGCUGGUGUUCAUAUUCGCUCAUGUGCAUAUUUUCCAUCAAAUACAUUGCCCUUGAAGAUUAGUUUUUUAAGUGCUGAUAACGGAAUUAUACCUGCCAUAUUUAAGGUUGGCGAUGAUCUGCAACAAGAUAUGUUGACAUUGCAAAUGAUGAGAGUUAUGGACAAAAUGUGGUUGAGAGAAGGUUUAGAUUUAAAAAUGGUUACUUUUGCUUGCGUACCCACCGGACCUAAAAGAGGUAUGAUAGAAAUGGUGACUAAUGCCGAAACAUUAAGAAAAAUUCAGGUUGAAUGGGGUUUGACUGGUUCUUUUAAGGAUAAACCAAUUGCAGAAUGGCUUGCAAAGCAUAAUCCAUCUGAAUUGGAGUACGAAAGGGCAGUAGCUAAUUUUACAGCAUCCUGUGCAGGCUACAGUGUUGCUACUUAUAUUCUUGGUAUCUGUGAUCGUCAUAACGACAAUAUAAUGCUCAAAACUUCUGGUCAUUUAUUUCAUAUAGAUUUUGGAAAAUUUUUAGGAGAUGCUCAAAUGUUUGGAAAUUUUAAAAGAGAUAGGACACCAUUUGUUCUGACUUCGGAUAUGGCCUAUGUUAUAAACGGAGGCGAUAAACCAUCAGCACGUUUUCAUCACUUUGUAGAUUUGUGUUGUCAAGCAUUUAACAUAGUUCGCAAACAUGGAAAUUUAGUGCUACAUUUAUUUGCUUUGAUGGCGUCAUCAGGUAUUCCUGGGGUCACUAUGGAAGCCGUUAGUUAUGUGCAGAAAGCAUUGCUACCAGGACAAUCGAAUCCUGAAGCAUCCGCUACUUUUGCUCGCAUGAUUGAAGCAUCGUUACGUUCUUGGUUUACACAGUUCAACUUUUUCUUGCACAAUUUGGCUCAACUUAGAUUUACCGGUGACCAUGGGGAUGGCGAAUUAUUAUCCUUCAUUCCAAGAACAUAUACAAUGGCGACUGAAGGUCGAUUAACAUCAGUGGAUUUGUAUGGGUUUCAAAAACGUUAUGAUCCUGAGAAGUAUUAUGUUUACAUAUUAAAAGUUGAACGACAAGGACAGCCCGAUCCUAGUUUUCUUUUCCGGUCGUAUCGGGAGUUUUGUGAAUUCCACCAAAAGCUGUGUCUACUCUUUCCUCUUGCAAAAUGCCAUAGUUUGCCUAGUGGUCUGCACGUUGGCAGAUCCAACAUCAAGCAAGUGGCGGCCAAGAGGGCGGCUGAUGUCCGAGCUUUCCUGGCUUCGCUCUUCAGAAAAGCUGAUGAAAUCGCUCAUUCUGAUCUGGUAUACACCUUCUUCCAUCCUUUGCUAAGAGAUCAGCAGGAGAGCGAUGUACAUGCACUGAAAUGCAAAGAACGAAGGCCAACUGCAAGAUCAGAUCAUUCACUUUUAGCUGGUCAGUUGAAGUUGUCUUUGCACUAUCAUCGUGGUACUUUGACCGUGAUGGUUCACCAUGCAAGAAGUCUGCCACUGGUGGCUGGUGGUCAGGAACCAAAUACAUAUGUUAAGGUAUACCUGAAACCUGAUUCAUCUAAAGUUACAAAACGCAAAACAAAGGUUGUGCGUAGAAGUUGUCAUCCAACGUUUAUGGAAAUGUUGGAAUAUCGAAUGGCGUUGGAUGUGAUAAGAGAUCGAACACUUCAUGCAACUGUAUGGAGCCACGAUUCCUUACAAGAAAAUGAAUUUUUAGGUGGUGUCGAACUGAAAUUGUACGAUUUGGAUCUGACUAAUGAAAUCACAGAGUGGUUCUCUCUUGUCCAUGUAUCUAGAUGAGUAUAAUUGUAUUUUUAUUAACCGAAAAAUCUGGUCUUUUAGAUGGUAAUUUAUUUAUCAUCUACAUUUACUACGAAACUCUAAAAUUCGUAAUAAGGAUAAGAUUAAGUUUAAUAGUUUAUCAUUGAUGUUGUUUUGUUUUUUUGGUUACGACUAGGUGAUAUAAAUAUGUGUUUGUUAUUCGGUGAAAGUUUAAACUUAUUUAUCUAAAAAGACAGUUGUCACUUUUGAUGUGCAAUAAGCGCAAGAUGUGGAAUGAUAUCUGCAAAAUUAUCUUUCGAAUUAUAGAAUAUCAUGCCAAAUUUGAAUUAUCAAUCGACUCAUAUUUAAAAUUACAAAUUUCAUAUAAAUAUCUCAUUUUUGUAAUACCAGCUUCUCAGUAUGGUCUUGCAACUACUACUUUUUUGAAGCAACAUAUUUUUUUACAAAUUUUUAAGAAUCCAAUAUUAUCAUUUAUCCCAGUGCAUCAUUCUGCAACAAUUUAUAUAACUAUUACUAUAAAUCAACAUCAAUU